AUGUCUGCGGUCCCGUGGUCAGCUGACGCCUCUCUCGAGCUGCAAGAGUUGAUUACGGCACCAACUUGGGCGAUUCUGAAGCAAGUUCCUCCUCAGUUGUACUCGUUGGGUGGGAUAAGUGUCAUUGCUAGUGGCAUUGGAGAACCUCUCCACACUGAGCACUCUCGCCUGGAGCCCUUCCAUUUUGGAGAUACAAAGGUCAAGGUGGAGAUCAAGUUGGAGCACCUCCCUCCCCUGGCUGUUAUAGUGAAGGAUACUCAGGGCUACUCAGUUCGGGUAGAAGUUGAGUACCCUCGUCUCCCUCCGAAGUGCUGCAAUUGCGGCAAGUUUGGUCAUUCACUCAAGUAUUGUCCUUGCCCGAUCCAACGCAAGAACUUCAAGCUUCAUCAAACUGGUCCGAGGGUUUCGAAGUCUUCCAGCCAGGUUACAGUUGACGAUAGAGACCUAAAGCCAGAAGAGGUUCUUCCUUCGGCAGUCGUAGAGCUCGACUUUGAAGGAGGCAAUCAAGAGGCUAUUAUUUCAGAGAAGCAAACCGGAGUGGAAGUGGGUGAAUGCUCGGGUGCUGAUCUAUCACCUCUCACCCCUAGAGCCCAGAUUCCCGUUGACUCUUCUCCAGCUUUGAUGAGAGAGGAAGCCUUGGAAGAGAUACAACCGGCUCAGAGUAAACCAGAUGGAUAUGAAGGGAAGCAUCAUCCUCUUCGGGCCUCUGGUUUCACACCCUUUGCGGGCAAACCUUCAUUAAGAUUCUUGUCUCAUCGAGUGGAUAAGACUAAGAAAUUGCGCCUUCACAAAACAACUAAGGAGUUUUCGCAGGACUCUGAGGUUGUUGCUGAGGUUGUUGCUGAGGUUGUAACUGUUGAUCCAGGUAUAGAGUUGGAGGAGGGAGAGAUCCCUUUUCUGCCUUCACCAGCAGCGGUAAAGAAAGCUAAGAGGCUAAAGCGGUUGGAAGCAAAACACGUCAACUCCCCACCUUCUCAAGCAGUGUCGCAGAUGUUCUCCUCUAUCAGGGAUAAAUCCUUGGGGAGGAAACUUCAACGAUACUGA